UGAGCAUUUGGUCCUCUGCUAUCAAAUUAGAGAUUUCCGGUGAAAUCCAAUUUCAGCAAGACCAGGACCAAUGUCGAUUCUUCCAUCCUCUUGUUUUCCGGUGGCAUAUGCCAAUCUCGGCCGACCAACUGCGUCGUUUCCGGCACGGACGUUUCGUCCUGGUCGAUUCCCCGAGCAGCGAAUUUCAGGAAACGGGGCCUGGAUUCGCGAAAGAGGAAGAGUAUACGUGAAAUCAGAGUCGAAAGCUGAUGAAGAAGAAACUUCGUCUAGUGAAAGCACUACGAGCGGAAGCUUCUUGUCUCUUCUCUGUCCCUUGCUUAAACUCUUCUCUGGAGGUGACCCUUCUCAGCAACGGAAUCAUGCUCUUGAGGUCGCAACUUCUUCUUUAGCAUCUAUUGCAAGACUUCCUUGGGGAUCUCGAGUGUCAUCCGUGAGUGAAGAUGUUUCUUCUACUCCACCUUUGCGAUUGAAGCUUUUUGAAUUUGAGGCAUGUCCCUUUUGCCGGAGGGUGCGCGAAGCCAUGACUGAGCUAGACCUCUCUGUAGAAGUUUAUCCUUGUCCUAAAGGAUCUGCAAGACACAGGGAAAUGGUUAGAAGAUCCGGUGGAAAAGAGAUGUUUCCCUUCCUCAUUGACCCCAAUACUGAUACUUCCAUGUACGAGAGUGGUGACAUCGUAAAGUACCUAUAUAAUCAAUAUGGUAAUGGAAGAGGCCCUUCCACAGGACUUCUGGAAAGCACCUUGUUCACAGGGUGGAUGCCAACACUUCUCCGAGCUGGUAGAGGCAUGUCAUUAUGGGACAAGGCUUCAUCAGAUCCACCACCUGAAAUGCUCCAGCUCUUCUCUUACGAAAACAACUCGUAUGCACGGUUGGUGCGUGAAGCACUGUGUGAGUUAGAGCUCCCUUAUGUAUUACACAACAUUGGAGAAGGGUCCACACGGAUGAGAUCACUUCUAAAUGUUUCGGGAUCCGAUAAGGUUCCAUUCUUGAUUGAUCCAAACACUGGUGUCCAGUUAGGUGAUUACCAGAAGAUUCUGUCUUACCUCUUCAAGACUUAUUCUUCAGCAGCAUCUGUAUAGUUCAUAAUCUGACAUAUACACCAUUAUCCUCAACUUGACAACAGCAAGCGGAUAGUGGAGUGAUAGUCCCAGAACAGAUUGAAAGUGAAAGAUAGCAUGAUACUCAUUUGAAUCAGGUCAGUAAUCCAAACACGAAUGUCAGUAAGGAAGCUUCUGAUUGCAUUUGAGUUGGCUCGCACUCGACAGAUACGAUGAAAGUACGUGGUGUUCAAAUCUCCGUCCAAUAAUCAAUUGAUCUCGGACUUCUGUCUAAAGAAGUUUUCUUCGAUGUCUCGUAGGAAGUACCAUUUCUGAUGUAAAUUUCUUUAUGUUUGAAAUAUCGUUGUUGAUGGAUAUUGAAACGUCUACCUGCACAUGUUGUAACAAAAAUAAUUUUGAUUUUUUUUUGUGCGAAAUAUUUAAAAUUAUCAUAACAACCCAAAGAAACGAAUUAUUAGAAUAA